AUGGCCAAUUCAUUACAAACACAGCCUCCCCCAACAAGCUUCUACCAGCUGUCUUACCCCAAGCCUGGGAUUAUCCUAGUGACCAUCAACCGGGAAAAACAACGCAAUUCUCUACCUGCAGAAGCACACUGGGAAGGCCAUGCGUUAUUCUCAUGGUUCGAUGAGGAGCCAUCCCUACUGGUCGCAGUGGUCACCGGCGCAGGCGAGAAGUCGUUCUGCGCCGGUCAAGAUUUGACCGAGCAAGCUACUUCGCGUCGCGGACCUAAGACUGCGGCCCAACAGGCUGUUAUGAACCACCCUCCCAGCGGCUUUAUGGGUCUCAGCCAGCGAAGAGGAAGAAAACCUGUUCUGGCGGCCGUCAAUGGCUUUGCGCUCGGAGGUGGAUUCGAAAUUUGUCUCAAUUGCGAUAUCAUCGUCGCAUCUCCAGAGGCUCAAUUCGGGUUACCAGAAGUUGCUGUGGGCCUGUACGCCGCAGCAGGCGGUCUUCCUCGACUGAUGCGAAUCGUGGGACUGCAACUCGCUUCCGAGAUUGCAAUGACCGGUCGUCGACUCUCUGCCCAAGAGGCUCUAGACUACCGAUUGAUAAAUCAAAUCUCGAAAUCCCCGCAAUCCGUCGUGGAAGAAUGCAUCGAAAUGGCAGUCCGCAUCACCAGCUUCUCGCCGGACGGGAUUAUAGUUACUCGGCAAGGAUUGCGGGAGGCCUGGGACAAUCCAAGCGUGGAACAUGCAACUACGCGAACAAGACAUGAAUAUGUGAAUAAGCUCGUUGCCGGUGACAACUUCAAGAUUGGCGUCGAGGCGUUUGCCAUGAAGAAGAAGCCCAAAUGGGUCCCAUCGCUUAUCAUCGGCGUUGCCGACAUCAAAAACCGAUCGGCCAAGCCUGAGGAUGCGAAAGAACCGGCGACUUUAAUGCUGGAAUCCAUCAAUGCAGCCAUCAAUGAUGCAACCACCUCAUCAACGGCCGAAGCAAAGCUACGGUCCAGUAUUGACAGUAUCGACGUCGUGAAGACGUGGACAUGGCCAUAUUCAGAUUUACCUGCACUUCUAGGAGAGAAACUUGGCGUGCAGCCCAGACACAAAAGCUACACUGACCACGGUGGAAAUCAACCAGCGAAGCUUUUGGAUGAUGCUGCGAGGCGUAUCGCGACUGAAGAGAGCCACGUCGCUGUGCUGACGGGUGCUGAAGCUCUUGCGUCUUUGGCUGGCUGUGUCAAGGCAGGUCAAAUGCCACCUCCUGGAUGGACUACCGGUCCAGAAACUGAGUCAGUGACGGAUGUCUUUACUCCAACUGGACGGGAACUCAAGAGGAAUAUCGGAGGCAUUCACUCAGUGGGAGCCCCAAUCCACAUCUAUCCAUUGUACGAAAAUGGAUUCCGAGCCCAUCGUGGUCAAUCAAUCGAAGAAAACCAUGAAGAGUCCGCCAUUCUUUACGGCAAUUUUAGCGAGGUCGCGGCGUCGAAUCAGUAUGCGUGGAACUAUGGCCAGAAACCUGAAACCACGCAUUCAAUUGGGACGAUCUCCAAGAAAAACCGAAUGAUUUGUUUUCCAUAUCCCCUCUUGAUGAACGCAUUCAAUACGGUCAAUUUGGGCGCGGCUUGUAUUGUUACUUCAACCGACUUUGCGAAGCAUCUUGACAUCCCAGAAGAUAAAUGGAUAUACCCUCUUGGUGGUGCUGGAUUUAGAGAACGCGACCUGUUCUGGGAGCGACCAAACUUCUUCGAAAGCUCUGCCAUCUCCCAAUCGCUUGACAAAUGCCUAGAGCUCAGCUCGCUGAAAACAGCGGAUAUUGAUAUCUACGACAUGUAUUCGUGUUUCCCCAUCGUCCCAAAACUCGCAUGCCACCAUCUUGGACUUUCGAUUACUAAACCAGAGAAACCAAUCACUGUUCUCGGUGGUUUGACCUCAUUUGGAGGUGCUGGGAAUAACUAUUCCAUGCAUGCUAUUACCGAAAUGGCUCGCCAACUUCGCGGAGGCUCUGCUCGCAACGGCCUUAUUCUAGCCAACGGCGGUUUCUUGUCUUACCAGCAUGUGAUUUGUAUCUCGAACAGGCCGCGAAAAGAUGGAAGUCAAUACCCAGACAGCAGUAUUUUCAAUACUACUAUCCCCGAUCCCAUCCCGCCUAUAGAUUCCGAAGCUGAAGGGAAGUCCCAGAUAGAGACAUAUACGGUUGAAUUCGGCCGUGAUGGACGUCCGACUCUUGCGCAUAUUACCGAUGAAAGCAAAGCAAAUACAUUAAUUGCUACCAUUCAAUCGACACUUUUUGAGCAUAAUGGCGGCGACUCUCUUGAGAUUAAAAGCAUUUGGGGACCCCUUAUUCCCCUCAGAUUCCAGUCGCAUCGCUCACGGUUUACGCGUCCUCUGCAUGCGCGUGCUACAGAGUUCCUACAGAAUCAAGACCCAGAUCUCUCUGAUUCCCAACGCACCGUACGUGAGGCCGUCGGCAAGAUCUGCUCGGAUUUCCCAGAUGAGUACUGGGCCCGAAUAGACGAAACGAAGAAAUUUCCAACAGAGCUUUAUGACGCGCUAGCAUGCCAGGGCUGGUUGGGCAUCUGCUUGCCACAGCGUUAUGGGGGUUCCGAGCUGGGCAUUUCCGAGGCAGCAGUGAUGAUGCAGACGAUUUCAGAAUCUGGCGCUGGCAUGACCGGUGCUUCGUCCAUACAUAUGAAUAUCUUCGGUCUAGAGCCGGUUGCAAAAUUCGGGACGGAUGAGCAGAAGGAAAGGUGGCUACGACCCUUGAUUGCCGGUCGCGAGCGAGCCUGUUUUGGAGUCACAGAGCCAAACACCGGUCUUGACACACUGAAGCUACAGUCCACAGCUCGUCGACAUGGAGAUGGAUACAUACUCUCAGGGCAAAAGAUCUGGAUUUCGACGGCACAACAGGCAGACAAAAUCCUAAUUCUGGUUCGCACAACACCCCGCGAUCAGGUACGAAAGCCGUCGCAGGGACUAUCCCUAUUUUACACCGACCUUCAAGUUCCUGAAGUCGAGAUCACGGAAAUACCUAAGAUGGGCCGUGCCGCUGUCGAUACCAAUACUCUCUUCUUUGAUGAGUGGCAUGUGCCGGAAAUCGAUCGUGUGGGACCAGAGGACGAAGGCUUCAAAAUGAUUAUCCAUGGAAUGAACGCUGAGAGGAUCUUGAUUGGCGCCGAAGCACUCGGCUUGGGAUUUGCAGCUAUACGGCGAGCGGCAUUAUACGCUGGUGAAAGGAAUGUGUUCGGUCGUCCUAUAGGACAGAACCAGGGCGUUCAACAUCCCCUUGCGGAGAGUUGGAUGAAAUUAGAGGCUGCCCGUAUGGUGAUUUACCAAGCGGCUCGUUUAUACGACGAAGGCUACCAGGGCGGAGAGUAUGCGAAUGCUGGAAAGUACCUGGCUGCCGAAGCUGCAUUUGAGGCCUGUGAGAGAGCGAUACUUGCUCACGGGGGCAUGGGGUAUGCGAAAGAAUAUCAUGUAGAGAGGUAUCUUCGUGAGGUCUUCAUUCCUCGUAUCGCCCCUGUGAGCCGGGAGAUGAUUUUUAACUACAUUGGGGAGAGGGUGCUUGGGCUACCUAAAUCAUACUAG